CGCGCAAAACACACUCGUCCCAGAGGCAGCGCGGCGGCGCCCGAGCCGUGGCCGGAGCGGAGCCGGAGAACGGCGGUGGCGGCAGCGGCAUCAUGACCCUGGGCAGCUGCUGCUGCGAGAUCAUGUCCUCCGAGAGCUCCCCGGCCGCGCUGUCCGAGGCCGACGCAGACAUAGACGUGGUGGGCGGCGGCGGCAGCGGCGGGGGGGAGCUCCCUGCCCGCUCCGGGCCCCGCACCCCCCGGGACGUGCUCCCCCACCGCCCCGAGCCUCCCCCGGAGGAAGCCGAGGCGGACGCCGCCGAGGACGAGGAAGAGUCCGGCGGCUGCUCGGACGGCGAGCCCCGCGCUCUAGCGCCCCGAGGGGCGGCGGCCGCGGCGGGAAGCCCGGGGCCAGUCGCGGCAGCAGCCCGGGGCGCGGCGGGGCCCGGGCCGGGCCCGCCGUCGGGGGGCGCGGCGACCCGGAGCCCGCUGGUGAAGCCGCCCUACUCGUACAUCGCGCUCAUCACCAUGGCCAUCCUUCAGAGCCCCAAGAAGCGCCUGACGCUGAGCGAGAUCUGCGAGUUCAUCAGCGGCCGCUUCCCCUACUACCGGGAGAAAUUCCCCGCCUGGCAGAACAGCAUCCGCCACAACCUUUCGCUCAACGACUGCUUCGUCAAGAUUCCCCGCGAGCCGGGCAACCCGGGCAAGGGCAACUACUGGACGCUCGACCCGGAGUCGGCCGACAUGUUCGACAACGGCAGCUUCCUGCGGCGCCGCAAGCGCUUCAAGCGGCAGCCGCUGCCGCCGCCGCAUCCACACGCGCACCCUCACUCGGAGCUGCUGUUGCGCGGCGGGGCUGCGGCGGCGGGGGACCCCGGCGCCUUCCUGCCGGGCUUCGCGGCUUACGGCGCCUACGGCUACGGCUACGGGCUGGCGCUCCCGGCCUACAGUGCACCCCCGCCGGGCCCGACCCCGCACCCGCAUCCGCACCCGCACCCCUUCGCUUUCGCCGCCGCCGCCCCUUGCCAGAUGUCGGUGCCCCCGGGCCGGGCUGCGGCGCCUCCACCCGGACCUCCGACGGCCUCCGUGUUCGCCGGCGCGGCGUCGGCUCCGGCCCCCGCGCCUGCCCCAGGUACGGGGUCGGGCCCGGGCCCCGCAGGCCUGCCGGCCUUCCUGGGCGCGGAGCUGGGCUGCACCAAAGCCUUCUACCCCGCGUCCCUGAGCCCUCCCGCAGCAGGCACCGCACUCCUGCGCCAGGGGCUCAAGACGGACGCGGGCGGCGGGGGCGCUGGGGCCGGGCAGAGGCCUUCCUUCUCUAUAGACCACAUCAUGGGCCACGGCGGCGGCGGCGGGGCGGCACCCCCGGGCGGAGGCGAGGGCUCUCCGGGAUCGCCGUUCUCGGCUGCGGCGGGUCCUGGGGGUCAAGCCCAGGUCCUGGCCAUGCUGACUGCCCCGGCCCUGGCUCCAGUGGCCGGCCACAUCCGCCUCUCGCACCACGGGGACGCGCUCCUGUCCUCAGGGCCCCCGUUCGCCGGCAAAGUCGCCGGCCUCAGUGGCUGCCACUUUUGACCGUGUCGGGAUCCGGGCCACUUAAGCCCGCACUCCUCCGUCUCUCCCGGGAGCUCCUGCGGUCCCAGCGGAACUCAGGGAGUCUAUUUAUGAAGAGUCUCCAGACCUUGGGCCAACGCGCGUGACUUGGCACUU